AUGGAGGUUGAUUCCGCUGCGGCUGAGGCAAGCUCUUGGCAGCUGGAGGAGGUGCUGGCUUGUAGCGAGGACGAGACGCUCGAUGUUGGUGGGGAGGAGGAAGCUGCUGGGCUUCCUUUCGACGCCGCCGAAGGCGAAGAUAGCGAUGACGAGCCCUCGCCUGCAGGUGGUGCAGGCCUCUGGGACCCAUCUCUAGGGGAGAUCGCGACCCUUGAAGAAGAGAUAAAGAAACUAGAGUUCCCCAACCUCGAAGACGGGACCGGCAACUUGGGGAGAAAACCAUGGACAACGCAGUCGCGAUGUUGA